AUGGAUUCGCUCGCUACUACAAAUUCGGCUAUCGUAAAGUUUACCAAUGAACUGAGUGGCAUGAGAGAAACAAUUUCUGCAUCACGUCCGUUAAUGUUAAAUUAUGUUCUUGAAAAUAGUCGUCCCGGUGAUAUUCAGAAUGUCAUCGAUACUAUGGAUAAAUUUGCGCAAACAGAACAGUGGGUUAUGAAUCUUGGUGACAAAAAGGGCGAAAUUCUUGAUCAGGCACUUCAAUCCCGACGACCAAAAACCGUACUUGAACUUGGUAAAGAUUGA